AUGUCUGCUGCUCCACAAUUGUACACCAUCAAGGACCUCACAGAGGACCAGAAGGACCUCAUCAAGGCUUCCGUUCCAAUCUUGGAGCUGAGUGGUGUUGAACUUACCAAAACAUUUUACAACUAUAUGCUCAACACCUACCCGGAGGUGAAGCCAUUCUUCAACGAGACUAACCAGGUCACCUUGAAGCAGCCUAGAGUGUUGGCAUUUGCCUUGCUCAACUAUGCUAAGAACAUUGAUGACUUGACUCCAUUGACUGACUUUGUCAACCAGAUUGUCAUCAAGCAUGUUGGAUUGCAAAUCAAGGCUGAACACUAUCCAUACGUGGGUAACUCUCUUAUUACCACCAUGGGUAACCUCUUGGGUGAAAAGAUUGCUACUCCUGAGUUUGUGGAGGCUUGGUCUACUGCCUAUGGAAACUUGGCCCAGAUCUUGAUCAAUUCUGAGUGGUCUCAGUACCAGAACCAGGACUGGCAGGGAUUCAGAGACUUCAAAGUCACCAAGUUGGAGGACGAGGGCUCUGAAGUCAAGUCUGUCUACUUCACACCUGCUGAUGGGGGAAAGAUUGCUACUCCUGUCCAUGGUCAGUACUUGGGUUUCAGAUUCAGCCCUCCAGGCUCGACUUUCGAGAAGUCUCGUGAAUACUCCAUCUCCCAGUUCCCAGAAAACAACGAAUACAGAAUCAGUGUCAGAAAGUUGGACGGAGGUGUGGUUUCCACCUUUGUGCAUGACCAGUUGAAGGUUGGUGACAUUAUCAAGGUCUGCCCACCUACUGGUCGUUUCUUGUACCAGGAGAACGACAAAGACGUUGUUGCCUUUGCCGGAGGUAUCGGUAUUACCCCUAUUGUUCCAAUUAUCUCCAAGGCUUUGGAUGAUGGCAAGAAAGUUACCUUGUUGUACUCCAACAGAAGUGCUGACUCUCGUGCAUUCGGUGACUACUUUGGCAAGUUGCAAAAGGAGAACCCUAAUUUCACUUUGAAGGAGUAUCUUUCCACCGAGAAGAAGUUGGAGGCUGGCGACUUUAAGGGUCUUGACUUGGCAUCCAAGGAGGUUUACAUGCUUGGCCCUAUCGACUACAUGAAGUUUGUUCGUCCUGAACUUGAGAAGAACGGUGUUGCCAAGAUCAACUCCGAGUACUUCGGUCCUACUGACGUUUAA